AUGAAAGCCUCCUUUACAGGUCUUGGCAGAAACAACCACAGACCUGACCCCCAAAUCUAUGCCUGCCUCAUCUGUGAGUGCACCUCCCUGGGGCUGGAUGGCAAGUUCUCCUCCUGCUUCACAGAGCUCCAACAAAACUUCCUGAAGGAUCGUCCAACCAAGCUGAAGAGUCUCAUCCGUCUGGUCAAGCACUGGUACCAACUGUGUGAGGAGAAGCUGAGGAUGCCGCUGCCCCCCCAGUAUGCCCUGGAGCUGCUCACAGUCUAUGCCUGGGAAUGUGGGAGUAGAGUCCCUGAGUUCAACACAGCCCAGGGCUUCCGGACAGUCUUGGAACUGGUCAUCAACUACAGGCAGCUUCGAAUCUACUGGAGAGUAUAUUAUGACUUUCCAGACCGGGAGGUCUCCAAAUGCCUGCUCAGACAGCUCAAAAAAGACAGGCCUGUGAUCCUGGACCCGGCUGACCCAACAGGGAAUGUGGCUGGUGGGAACCCAGAGGGCUGGUGGCUGCUGGCAGAAGAAGCUGCAGCCUGGCUGAAGUACCCAUGCUGUAGGAAUCAUGAUCAGUCACUUGUGCGCUCCUGGAAUGUGCUGGUGAGACCCUGUCAUCACUCUGUCCCCUUGCACACAGCUUUGGACUCUGGGGCGGGGCGUGUCACAGCCAAAGAGGUGCAGAGGGACCUGCACUUGGACCUUUCCUCUCCUGGGGCAGGGGACUCUCUGAUGCUGCAGAAACGAUGA